UGCCUCAUUUGAUAAUUAGUCCAGUUGUUUUUGUGCAACCUGUGGUUCUGUAAUUGCACUUUGGAGUUUGAGGUCUAUUAUCUAAUUACUACAUCGAUAACUUAACAAAUGUCUUGAAAGAUGCUGUCACUAAAGCCAAAAUUAGAGUGAUAGUGCUUCAAGAUUUUCCUCUUCAUUGUUCUUCUUUUUUGGUUUUUUCCCUGCACCAAGCCUAAUGAUACUUGUGUGUUUAUUUCAAGUCAUAAAAGGGAUGAAAGUAUUUUGCUGUGCUGUUAUGGUGUGUAUAUCUUGUUCUUUUAUCAUAAAAGAAUUUGCCAAUUUUUAGUCCCUAUGUUUUGCACAGGAAGUUCUUCAUGAAGCAAAUACAAAUAUGUCCCUAUCUUUACAAGAAAAAUGUCAAAUCUCUUUGCUGGGUUAUUUUUCAUCAGAAUCGAGUUGCAACGGCGAAGUACAUGCCUCAGUAAGUGAUGGAACUGCAUUCACCAAUUCAACUGACCAAGGAUCUUACUUUCACUGCUGCCGAAGUUCUUUUCAAAGUAAGAUUGAAAGAGUUGCCUGUGGAUGCCACAGAGUUGCUAGUUUAGUGGAACACUUUAAGCUGGCUUCUGUACAAAAUGGCCCAUUAAUCCGGUUCAGUUAUGGUUAUUUGGAAACUAGUAAUUGCAAGUCGCAGUUGGCCCCAGGAUUGCAUCACCUGCAUUGGCAUGGGAAAAUCAUGUCUCAGCUAGAUCUCCACGUUGUAUUUUAUGAAAUCCCUAAAUUCUGUGGCCACCAUUAUGCACUAAAUUCCCAGAGCUUGUCUGCAAGUUUGGUAUCUUUAACCAAAAAACCACAAUGGUUUCAAGACCUUCAGCAGAAGCAGCCUCACUUUGAUCUGGACACCAUCAUUCUUGCUAUUAACAGUGCAAAUGCUGGCAAGAUCAUAUCAGAAAAACAUUUGCCUUUGAAAAGAUACACUAUUUCCUUCAAGUUCUUAUGGAGGUUUGCUACCUUUGCAUGGAAACUUGUUGCUGCGUUUGUGGCAUCCCUUGCAACUUUCCUUUAUAUGAUUUUCCAGUCUUUCCAUCUCCUUAUGAGUCACAUAUCAUACUUAGGGGUAUACAUCAUAUUCACAAAUCUAUUCUGCAAUACAUGGGCAAUUGUUGGGCUUCGUUGCUGCCAGUUUCUCUAUUGGCCUAUCUUUCUCCAAAAUCAAGGAUUCAGGUCUCAAUCAUGUGUUGAAUAUGCAGAGAAAAUUGCAUUGCAAAGGCAUUCCAUGUGGGCUUGUCUAGUCGUUGACGUUUUUCUGGGAAACUUAUUAGGCACCGCAUUAUGGUGGCAUGCUGAAUCUGCUUGCCAUUUCAUUACAAACUUUGCUGGCGAUAUCACUAACUACUUACUGCGUAAUGGAUGCGUGUGGCUGAUGGGAAACCCAGCGGGGUUUAAAUUGAACACCGAGCUUGCUACAGUCCUUGGCAUGGUAUCUUUGAACACUGUUCAGAUCUGGUCCACUCUGUGGUCUUCAGUGGGUUCUCUCUUUGUUCCAAUUACAAAAGUCAUUGCUAUUUCUGGAUUUCUUUUUGGCUUCACGGCAUCAACUGGUCUGAUCAUUGACUUGAUUGCACUCGUAACAAGACACAUGUUCAUUCUUCACUGGUUACUAUCUCUUAUCUAUUCACGGCAGAUAAUGGCAUUAGCAGCUUUAUGGCGUCUUUUCAGGGGAAAGAAGUGGAAUCCUCUUCGUGGGAGAUUGGAUAGCUACGAUUACACUGUGGAGCAACAUAUUGUUGGCUCUCUUCUCUUUACACCACUAUUGCUGCUGCUACCUACCACAUCAGCAUUCUAUAUAUUCUUUGCCAUCAUCAACAGUGUCAUCAACAUUGUCUGUUUAGGUUUUCAGCUCUGCAUAUCUGCCAUUCAUUCUACCCCAUAUAACAGAGUUUUCAUUUGGUUGUUAAUGAAGAGAAGAUUUCCCUCUGGGAUAUGGUUUGAGAUUGUAGCUUCUCAACUUGGCACUUCUAUUUCUCUGGACACGGGACAUGUGGGUUCAGAAGUCUCCUCAUCAAAGGAGUCAGAAGAAAUUCGAGAUAAUAGUGGUGCCAAACACACAAUUUUGACAGUUUUGCACAGCAAUUAUAUGAACUUAGGUGAACUAGUCUGGUCAAGUUAUGCGGACAUUUUUUCUACCAUUUCAAGAGCUGCCAUUAGCUCCUCAGCAUAUGGAGUUCUAACAGGAACAAGGCAGGAUUCCAUCCGUGCCAAGAACCAUUUUACUUUCGAAAUUGCCAUGGGUGAUUGUUCCUUGUAG